GAGCCUUGCCUGGGGCCUAGAGAAGAAAGUCUCGCGGUACAGUCCAGCUGCGCGAGAGGUCGUCAGGAUGGAGAGAGAGAAACAAACGGUGGCGCCGAGGCGUGCGUGAAGUAGGGCUGCCCGCCUGGCGUCCUUCCCCCCCCCUCGCCCGCACUUUCGGCCGGCCAUGGCGGGGGCGGCAGCCACGGCCACCACCCCAACUCCGCCGGCGCACUGGAGCCGCUUCGAGCAGGAGCAGGACCUGACGUUGCGGGAGCUGAUCCGGCGGGUCACCGGCCUGAAGGAAGAGAGAGGAGAAGAAGCUGCCCAUUUCCAGGCGGCACUAAAUUUCGCCUGGUCCAACUUCAGGUUUCAUCGAUUUCUUGAUGUUAGUAGGCAUAAAGUGGAGAAAAUAGUAGAAGGAAUUUAUGAAAAGCUGGUUGUUCACUCAGACCUUGUUAAGGCUGCAAGCUGGAAGAGGUUAACGGAUGAGUUUCCGAAUUUGCCUCUCCCAACCACUGAAGGAACAAAGACAGAUACUCAUUAUGCCAUACUCUCUCUUCUGCUGUGCUUAUCUGAUUCUCCUUCCAACACUUGUUAUGCAGAGAAACCGAGAGAGAAAGAAGUGGCAAAAGAAGAAUUUGAUUGGGGAAAAUACUUAAUGGAAGGUGAAGAAUUUGACUUUGAGCCUGAUUUAGAAACACCGGAAUGGUCUGACAUAAGUGAUGCCGAGGAAGAUACUGAACCUUUGAGUCGAGAAGAUUCUGGCAUUCAAGUGGAUAGGACACCACAGGAAGAACAGGAUCAAAACAAGAAGUCGACAUCUCAUGUCACCUGGAAGGGUGAACCUGAUGCACGUACCUGGCUCCAACAACAUGUGGUUGCUCCAUAUUGGACUGGUAGAGGAGUUCGUUUUUCCCAUAGUUUACAUUUUCAUUCCAAUUUAGCGGCUGUAUGGGAGCAGCAUUUAUAUAACAGUGAUCCUUUGUAUAUGCCAGAAGAGAGAAUCCUCAUCACCGAAACACAGGUCAUUCGGGAAACAAUUUGGCUUCUUUCAGGUGUAAAAAAACUCUUUAUAUUUCAGCUGAAUGAUGGAAAGAUCACUGUGAGAAAUGAUAUCACGGUAACCCAUUUGACCCAUAGCUCAUUAAGAUCAAUGCUGGAAAGGAUAGCUGCCUAUGGGCAGGUUGUAUUUAGGCUGCAAAAGUUCAUUGACGAAGUCAUGGGUCACAGCUCUGAAAGUGGAAUACAUGGGGCCAUGUCCACUCCCAAGAAAUCUGCAGAAGCACCAUUUAGAACUUAUCAGGCUUUUAUGCGAGCUCUCUAUAAAUAUUUCAUCAGUUUCAAGGAGGAACUUACUGAAAUUGAGAGGUGCAUAAUUAACAAAGAUACUACAGUCACUCUUUCGAUAGUUAUAGAGAAGCUGUCACCUCGACUAGCACAGCUAAAGGUACUUCAUAAAGUCUUUAGCACUGGAGUUGCAGACGUACCACCUGACACUCGCAAUGUUGUAAGAGCUUCUCAUUUGCUAAAUACAUUGUACAAAGCUAUUCUUGACUAUGACAACAUUGGAGAAGCCUCUGAACAAACGGUCUCCCUGUUAUUUUCACUCUGGGUUGAAACAGUAAGGCCAUAUUUGCAGACAGUGGAUGAGUGGAUUGUCCAUGGGAACUUAUUUGAUCCUGCUAAAGAAUUUAUAAUUCAAAGAAACAAAAAUGUUCCUGUUAACCAUAGAGAUUUUUGGUAUGCUACCUAUACAUUGUAUAGUGUAUCAGAAAAGACAGAGAAUGAAGAGAAAAUGAGUGACAAUGCUAGCGCCAGCUCCGGGAGUGAUCAGGCACCCUCAAGCAAACAACACACCAUGGUCUCUUUUUUGAAACCGGUACUGAAGCAGAUCAUUAUGGCUGGGAAGUCCAUGCAGUUGUUGAAGAACCUGCAGUGCUCCGAAAGCUCUCCUCAGCAGGCGGCAUUGAGAGGUGAAAAUGGCUGUCGUAUAGCAUGCUCUCUUGCUUCGAAAUUAAAAAUGGAGUUGGAUGAUGUCCAUGAUCCCUUGCUGGCUAUUAAUUUUGCAAGGUUAUAUUUGGAACAAGGCAACUUUCACGAGUCCCUUACUGCUGAUGAUGUUUGUGUGGACAGAUCUUCCGAAUCAGUUACAUGUCAGACAUUUGAACUGACAUUGAGGUCUUGCCUUUAUCCUCACAUAGACAAACAAUAUUUACAGUGCUGUGGAAAUUUAAUGCAAACUUUGAAGAAAGAUUACAGGCUAGUGGAGUACUUGCAGGCAAUGAGAAACUUUUUCUUACUGGAGGCUGGUGACACUAUGUAUGACUUCUACACAUCCAUUUUUGAUAAAAUAAGAGAGAAAGAUGCAUGGCAAAGUGAACCAUUCCUUAACGUCCAACUCCAAGAAGCGGUUGGACAGCGUUACCCAGAGGAUAGUUUAAGGCUAUCUAUAUCAUGUGAAAAUAUUGAUAUAGCAAAGAAGAAGCUUCCUGUUCAUACUUUGGAUGGCUUAAUACUGAGUUAUAAGGUUCCUUGGCCAGUUGAUAUAGUUAUAAGUGUGGAAUGUCAAAAAAUCUACAAUCAAGUAUUUCUUCUAUUGUUACAAAUCAAAUGGGCCAAAUAUAGUCUGGACGUGUUAAGAUUUCAUGAACUAGUCAGUGCAGCAGAAAAGCUGCAGAAUAAAGGUGGAGCCGAACAAGGGCCCCUUCUCCAGUUUGGAGCACAGCAGGAACCCAUUAAACAACAAACACAUCGCAUGUUUCUUUUAAGGAUGAAACUCAUGCAUUUUGUCAACAGCCUGCACAACUACAUCAUGACUAGGAUCCUUCACAGUACAGGUUUGGAGUUUCAGCAUCAAGUAGAAGAAGCAAAAGAUCUGGAUCAAUUAAUUAAAAUUCAUUAUAGAUAUCUUUCCACAAUCCAUGAUCGCUGCCUGCUGAGAGAAAAGGUUAGUUUUGUGAAAGAAGCAAUAAUGAAAGUGCUGAACCUGGUGCUGAUGUUCGCAGACCGUUGGCAAGCCGGUUUGGGAGCUUGGAAGAUGGAAUCCAUAACCAAGAUGGAAUCAGAUUUUAAAAACUGCCACAUGUUCCUCGUGACAGUACUGAACAAAGCAGUAUGCAGAGGCUCCUUCCCACAUUUGGAAUCUUUAGCGUUAUCUCUCAUGGCUGGAAUGGAACAAACAUAGCAGAACACAGAUAAUCAUGGAGCUGCUCCAAGUCUGACAACGUCUUUCCAACACAGAGAGUUCAGUUUAAGUAUCUCUUGAGAGCAAUAUGGCAGAGGUCUUGUUUUGACUGGUUGUAGUUCGUGCCCUAUAUGUGUGCAUAAAUUUACGGAAACAUGCAUUUGUACCUGAAAUGAAAAAUGUUCACUAAUAAAUGAAAUAUUUAAUCAUUGAAUCAUUUACAUGCUGUCAGGUUUUCAUGCUAAAUGUUAUUUGGGCAGUGUAGAGGAGAAAUCCACACCUAUCACUGCUCAGAAAAGAGGCAGGGAGUCGCAUGACAGGAGCUCUUUCUUGCUCAGCUCCCUCCUUUGUCUCUUUUUCCUGCCUCACCCAGAUCAGAGCACUUGUGUCAGCUCCCCUGUCUUCCUAUCUGUAACUAUGUUAAUCUGGCCAGGUCAGAUCUUUCUUUUCCUCUGCGAGGAACAAACAGCGAAAUUAAUGUUGUUAAAUAAACAUUUAAAACUUCUGUUAAACUGGCUCCUGAGUGUAAUCCCAAAUGCAGUGACAGUAAUGUAUUAUCUUGAAGUUCUGUAUUUUUGCUUCUUUGAAAGAUGUAAUUCCAUUUUGCUAAACAGAAAUUCCUAAAACUGUAGUGUAUUUUAUUUAAUUGUUUUUCCAUAGAAAUCAGUUAGUAUUUUUUUUUUACUCUGCAACAAGCCUUUAAUGCAGUGAUUGACUUAAAUGCAUAAUUUAAAAUUCUAACCUUGGUAUGGUUUUUCUAAUAGCUUUGGAUGUUCAUAUGGAAGUUUGUAAUCUCAAUUGUUCCUGGGAUUAUCAGUAUAACUGUAUUUUCUGGGCUUACAUUAUUUGUCAAAAUAAAAUACAAGGAUGAUGACUCCUUUGCUACACUAUGA